AUGUCGAGCUUACACUUGCAAGUCAAUGACAAUCAUGCAGCGGCGUUUUCUAGCCCAGAAUUCCACUCACAUUUAAGACUCACAUUUAAUUGUACUACCACAUUAUACCCCAACGGACCCCUCCAUCACGGAUUCCAGCUCUCCUCGAUCAACGGUGUCCAAGUCGAAGCUUGCUCGCUCGACGACCUCUGCCAGGACCUGUUGACACUGCCAAAGCCCGUGACACUCGUCUUUCGUCCUCUGCUAUCCAAUGCCGCCAGCGACGACAGCAGCGAGUCUCAGUGCAGCGUCAUCUCUACGUCGUCAUCGGCCAGCCCAGACGUCCCAGGUUCAGACGGGAUCGAGCUUCAUGGAGACGCCCACCAAACACUGGCCACGACCUCAGCAGCGCCGCAUCGGUGUCCCGACCCAGCGUCGUCCGCACGCGAGCAGUACGAGUACGAGGUCGUCUGGACAUCGACGCGGCUUGGACUGAAACUAGACAUGCCGUACGACAGCGAACGCCAGUCAGCGUCAAAGGACAAGACGAACGGAAUGUCGACCCGACGUCGGUACCCGAUCGUCCACCAGAUCCUCAAGGAGUCCACGCUCGGUCUGCCGCCUGACGCUGUAGGACACUCGUUCGUGUCGAUCAACAACUGGCGCACCUUUGGGCUGAAGGCAGAGGAACUGCGCACUCUUCUCGGAGCCGCGUCGAAACCCGCUGUGCUGCGCUUUCGCCGACGAGACGCUUUGUUGCGUUCUCAGCCGACGGGUCUGCCGACGUUGUUGCACACGGUCACCGCCACCACUGACGAUGGGUCCACAGACGACCGAGAAGCGACAUUCGGAUCGGCGUAUAGCAUUCUCUGGAGCGAAGGAAAGUUAGGCAUCGUCUUCGGCUGCUACGAAGACGCAAACAGCCACGACACGCUCGUGGUCUACGUGAAAAGCAUCGGACCAGGACAAGCGCUGAAGUCCACACUCGUCGACGUGGGCGAUAUUCUCCACAGCAUCGACGGUCGAGAUCUCCCGCCCAAGCAAAACUUCAAAAAGGCAGUGCGAAAGCUGAUCAAUGCCAGCACCUCGCGGCCUGUGACGCUAGGGUUUCGUCGCACGUCGUGGAGUCCGCGAUCCACCGGACGGCACACCCUUCGAGAGUCGUAA